CACCAAGCUCUUCAACGCGUCUCGAGUUAUGAUUGUGAACGGCAGUGUUAAGGUUUACGUCGCAUGCACUUCAGUCUUGUACAUCAAGUUCCUGACUGCCACGAUGAUUCAAGGAGCGAGGAAGUACGCCACGGGUGCUCGUCCUCCUGAGGAUACGUGGCUCCCGUCGUCCAAGCGCAAGCAAACUUUUGGCAUAGACAACACCAACGACACCAAGACGCUGGAGGCAGAGAAACGUUGGGAAGGUAUCGUCACGAACGAUUUGGAGUCCAUUCCGCUGGGACUAUUCAUCUUCGGCGCAGGAAUUAUGGCUGGAGGCAACUCGAAAGUUCACUUCCGUGCGAUGCUCGCAUUCACGGCGGCACGUUGCCUACACACGUACGCUUUCGCGUAUGCGAAACAACCCAUGCGCUCACUGUGCCAGGGAGUCGGCGUGGUGGCGACUCUAGUAGGACUGGGGAACGCUGUGAGUGCUAUUCUCUAAUAUGUAUUUUAGCCGCAGGAAAAGAAAGAUAUUGCUAUGAUAACAAUUACCAAUACAACAACACAUUUUACACGCUAUCAAAUGACAACGGAAAAAAA